GCCAGGCAGAGGACCACAAGGCCAGAGGGGAAGGAGACAGGAAGUAGUGUCACCUGGUAUGAAUUUCUCUCCAACGAAAAUGAGGAAGAGGAGGACCGAACAGAGAAAGUGGAGAAGGGAACCAAAGUGAAGCGUACCCUGAGCUCGCUUAGGAACAGAAUGACUGGCUCAUUCAACAAAGACAAGCAGGGUAAGAACCGAGAGAAAGAGCAGCAGAAGGGGAAGGAGAGGGAACCCAAAGAGAAAGAGAAACUGCAUCACAGUAGUAGCAGUGGGCAUAAUUUGGUGCCAGGCUCCUUCUCUAGCUGUGCCACCUGCUCACUGUGCAGUAAGGCCCUGCAGAAAAAGCAUGGUCUGCAGUGCCUGAACUGUGCAGUGAACGUUCACAGGAGUUGUCGGACGCUAUAAGCUGAGUGUAACAGCAGCAAGAACAAGGUAUGUGUACAAGGUCAGCACCCUGAGUACUUUUAUUUAUUCACACCUACUCAUUUACAUAUCCCAACUGGCUUGCA